AUGAAAAAUGAAUUUAGAAAAAUGAUCAAAGAUGUCCUCGUCACGGGUGACGUUAUAAAGGAGUGUUUACAGGGAGACAAAGAUGCGAUAGAAAUCAUCCUUAACGGCAUACUUAAUAAUGUCACGUCCUGUUUGUCAUCUCAAAUGAGUCAUAUCCAUAAAUUAGACGAUUCGCAACUUUCACCUUCCUUCGAUGAUGAAUUGAUGUUUUACGAAAUGAAAAAUAAAUUUAAUUCGCGCUUAGAAACAUGUGGACAAAUUGAAAACCAUGAAGAAUGUGCGAAUGAUAUAAAAAAUGACAUCAUUGCCGACAUAGAAAACAUAAAAUGGAAUGCGUCACAAAAGGCAUUUGUUGCUAGGAGCAUGAUGGACGACACAAUGGAUAGCAUUGUUAAAUGUUUCACAGAAGGUCUCUUGAAGGCGUCAUCAAUAAUUGCUGACGAAACCAUAAAGAUCAUUCAUUGUGUUAAGGAUCACAAUGAAAUUCAGAAU